AUGCCUCACAAGCACAAGAGACGGGAGAGGGAUGACUCCCACUUCGACCUCCCGCCAUCAGUGAUCGCGAAAUCACUACCAGUCCGCGAACAGCAAGCAAAGCCCAAGCCCGGAAAAAAGCCGCAGCCACAGGAGAAACCCAAAGGAAAACCCUCAAAGGGCCCCGCGACUUCUCGGCGCAAGAAUGCCACAGAUAAUGACACCCCUAAGGCGUUCCAGCGGUUGAUGCAAUACGCCAACACGGGGAAGCGCCCGUCGGGACUGGAGACCGGAGAAAAGAAACAAGACAACAAAAAGCGGAAGCGCGAAGCAGCAGAUACCCAAGAUACUUCGUCAAAGAAGACCGCGCCGGCCAAACCUCAAAAGACCGAAUCCACCGAUGACAAGGAAGCCAAAAAAGCGGAAGCCAAGAAAGCGAUGCCCAAGAUCCUACCUGGAGAGAGGCUGGCAGAUUUUGCCGCGCGCGUUGACCGCGAAAUGCCCCUCUCUGCGAUGACAAAGUCCAAUAACUCGGGUGCGCCCAAGGUCCGCGAUCAUAAGAUGACCAAGCACGAGAAGCAUCUACGACGACUGCAAGCUGGUUGGCGCGAGGACGAAGCCAAGAUCAGGGAGCGGGAACAGGCUGAGCGUGAGGAGCGUGAAGCUGAGAUGGAAGAGCAACUGGAGAUCUUGAAGGAGUGGGAGGCUGAAGCACGGGGAGGGAAAGCUAAGAAGAAGGUCCCCAAGAAGAAAAAGAAGGCCGAUGGUGCCGAGGACAGCGGCGAUGAUGACCCCGACCCUUGGGCAAAGCUGAAGAAGCGGGACAAGGAGAGACAGGCCAAUCCGUUUGACGUUGCUCAGGCCCCACCGCAGUUGACAAAACCGAGGGAGGUCUUCAAGGUUCGCGGUGGAGCAAGGGUCGAUGUUGCCAACGUGCCCAACGCCGUGGGUAGUCUCAGACGCCGCGAGGAAUUGGCAAGCGAGAGAAAGAAUAUCGUGGAGGAGUAUCGGCGACUGAUGGCCGAGAGGCGGCAGUGA